AUGGAGGCGGCGAAGGCGGAGGAGGAAAAGAUUCGCAGUACCGUUCGUGAAUUCAUUUUGAAGGCGAUGGAGAUGGCGGCGGAGGAGACGAAAGCGAGCGGGCACGACGAAGCCAAUGGAACGCCGAGCGAAGUCGCCGCGGCGGUCGAAUCGGCGCUGUAUAAAAAAUGCGGUUCGGCUGACAAAGAGUACAGAACGCGCGCGCGGUCUUUAAAAUCCAACUUACAGGACGUGCGCAACCCUCAAUUACGGGCGCGCGUGCUCGCGAACGAUUUGAAAGCUUCACAACUCGUGGACAUGUCUCCGCUGCAGUUGGCCAACAAGGAGCUCGUCGAGUGGCGCAAGGCGCGACAGGAAAUCGCGGGCGAGGGUGCCUUUAUGAAGGGAAUCGCGCUUGAGGAUAUAGUGGUGAAGAAAGAUGGGAAGAAUGAAAUUCACGUCGAGCUGAAGCCAGAAGAACCGGCGCCGUCGAAGCCCGUGGAACAAACGCCGAGCGUCGAGGAAGAGCCGACGCAAGUCACCGAGAUUGACGUGACGUCUGGGAACGACCAACUGUCAGACGAGGAGCACGAAGAAGCCGCACCGAUGAACGUCGACGGUGAUGAUUCAGAAAUGCUUUCUUUCGAAAAGUUUGCGAAUGGAGGCGAAGAAGACAAGGAAGAGGAGCAGGAAGAAGAGGAAGACGAGGAAGACGCCGCGCCGGAAUACGAGCCAGAGCCCGAGUACGAACCGGAGGACGAACCUGAGUACGACCCGGAAGCGACUACGGCGGAUGAGGUGGAAGAAGAAGAAUACAAUCCCGCCGACGACCCGAUAGAUGUUCCUCUUCCCGAAGGUGCGUGGGAAGGCACCGUAGAUGUUCCAGGACUGCCUACGCUUCAGCUGCGAGCGGUGCCCAUCGGCGGCGAAGGCGCCCACGUCGGCGACAUCUUGCCCGAGAGUUUGCACAUCAAAGGCCGCGUCGACUACAAAGCCAUGCAAUCUUUCGUCAAGCAAGUCCACCGCUCGUCGACGUCGCGCGCGGUGACGCUCGUGCAUAUCUCGAGCGCGCCGAGCGGCGGAGACGACGCGGAAGCGGCGAUGGCGAAGAUCGUCAAACAAUAUCGCGAGCGCAAGCGAUGCGGCGUGGCGAAAACGGAGGAUGGCAUCGAGCUGUAUCUCGCGCCUCGCGGUCAGCACGCGGAUAAAGUCAUCUUAACCGUCGACCUUAUCCCGGGACACGUCCCACCGUCGACGGGGAUGAUUGGAAUGGUGAUUCAUCCGCGAGGCAUCGGUCCAAGGAAAGUCGACUCGAAGGAACUUCAUCGAUCAAAGAAGACGCGCGUCGAAGAGCACGUCGACGAGGAUGAGUACGCGCCCAACGCGCCACCGGCGCAAUUCAUGGAGGUUCCGCCACCACCGCCACCCUCAGCGCAGAUGGCGCCGCUCGCGCCCCCCCAAACUCUUCGAGAAGUUCCCCCGCCGCCGCCGCCCGCCGCCGCGCCGCCGGCGUUCCAAGCGCAAGAUCUCGCCGGUUUGAUCGCGACGCUUUCCGGCGCCCAGCAACCGGUGCGCAUGAACGUACCACCGCCUCCUCCUCCUCCGUGA